CUGUGGUUUGUUAACGGUCUCAACUAACUAUGGAGAUGGUUGGCGAGCGACUGGUGAAGGAACUGAAGCUGGCGAGGCUUGAGACGGCAUUCUGGGAGUCGUGUCAGGCCGUGCGGACCUCGUCCGUGUCCCUGCGGAGGAUCCACGCCUUCCUGAUGGGAGAAUUACUUGAGGUGGAGGCGGACAAGCGACGGACCCUGUCUCGCCGUGUGGACGACAUGGAGGUGGACUUGGCCGAAAUGAAGACGACGUGGCGUGAAGAGGUCCAGGAGCUGAGGAAUCAGCUGCAGGCAGUUGCCACACGACAUCGAGAAUUCGCACCUCAAGACCGAGUUACACGCACAGCUCACCCUCCCCUAGACCUCCCCCCUGCCCCUCCUCCUCUCCACAUUACCAUCACGGACUCCUCUGCCUCCACAUCUCUGCUGAUGCUGGCUCCAGAACUGGCAGAAGUCAGUGACAUAAGACCUGAUACCACUAGUGGAGAGGAAGACGGUGGGGUAUCAGACCCUCCUGGCCCUCCAGAGCUGUCUUCAGGUGGGUCCACUGACCCUCCAACUGCAGUAACACACACAGAAAAGGCCCGACGUUCGACCAAAGAAGCCAGCAAUUUCAAUGGCACCACUCCUAAGAAACGAAACGAGAAGCAGAUAAAGGUGGCGGUUACAAUCUCGCAGCCAACCAAGAAAACGGUUAUUAGUACAGAGCUAGAGACUCAGAGGGGAGAUCUGGAGCAACACAAUCGUCUGUCUUCCGACCAGGAUCACCACACACGGUCUGGGCAACACUUGGUCGAAGAUAGUCUGGUUUCUAACGGCCAACGUCAGGAGAGGCAAGGAGUUGAGAUGGAAAUGGAGGGAUCCAAUGUGGCAACUGAGGGAGAAAAUCAACCAAUCUUGCUCUCAGGGCAAAGGUUUGAUGGUGAAGCAAUCGGCAAUGUACCAUCUACCCAGGAACAGGGAACUGAUAUUCAAACAUCAAGCCAACUACUUCACACAGAGGACAGCACACCAAUCAACCAGGGCUUGGAGCAAGAGAAUGGCCAACAGCUACGUAGGGAAGCAGCACAAUCAAAUAGCGACCGAGAAGAAGAAGUAAGUACUGUGCCGCCAUUGAACCAUGAGCGACUUUCAAAACAGCAGCAACUUGAGGAGGGUGAUCACAAUGCCGGCCGAGGUCUUCAAGUUGAGACUGACACUGUGAGUCAGGGGGAUGAAGAGACCUCCAGCCAGGCAGCUGAAGACAACCCAGCACCCAGUCAGAGAGCAGAGGAUCGACUGGUGUCUGGGGACCAGUUAAUGACGGAGAGCUCUGAGGACGAUCUCAUUCUGGCACGAGAGGUGACAGUGUUUGCCACAACCACGGGGGAGAUGGUUGAGUUCUCUUCGAGCUCACAGCUGAGUCAGAGCGAGGGAGGGCGGCAAAGGGGGAGAAGGGAACAGAAGAGAGGAAGAGGAAGAAGUAGAUCGCGAAGCACUGGGCGUCCACGGGGGAGACCUAGGAAGAGGCCAAUGCCCGAAAGAGUUGAACGAGAUGACAGUUUAGACGACAGCGAACAUUUUGAAGGUGUUCAUUUACUUGUUGGACAAACAGUGGAAUCUGAAUCUGAAAUGGAGUGGGAACGAGUAGGGAGAGGGAAACAGAGGGCAAAGCUCUUCUUUGAGACUGAAGACAGCGAGGGCGACUUGCAGAGGGAAGAUGAGGAUCAUUCCGAUUUGGAGUUGAAGGGAAACACGGCCAAGAGGAGGAAGGAAAGGGGUAGAGGGAGGGGGAGGGGCAGAGGACGCAUGAGAAGACGUCCGGCGAUUAAAAGAGACGAGAGUUUAAGUGAUGGAAGCAUUGCAGGACGUUUGAUGAGCAGCUCUGGACCAGAGACGGAGACCGGGAGAGCGAGGCCCCCGAGGAGGAAGAGAGGAAGGCCUAGGAAGAGACCACUGCCAGACAGAGAAGACGGUGGAGGAGGUGUGAUGGGGGAAUUAAGUCAACCAGAGCCUCAGGUGAUCCAGUCGGGAGUGGCUGAUGAGACAUCUACUGUAACUGUGGCCCGGAGGAGAGGGAGAGGCAGAGGGAAGAGAGGGAGGCCGCAAUCUCGUGCCAGAGGCUCCGCUCCUCGUCUCCAAACGCUGUUUGUCCCCGUCCAAUCGGGCAAUUGGUCGACCAGUUGGUUCCCCACAUCUGAAAACCGUUCAUCGCCUCCGCCUCCAGGUGAUUCCAGGGAGACUGGGGAGAGCAGGGAAAUUGGUGGAGGUGUGGAGGAGGGAGAGAGGAUUGCUCAAGAAGUCCCCUGCGAGACACAGCACGGAGAUUUGUCAGCCAAGACGAGUGGCGUUGAAACAAACAUUGUGGCUGCAGUGAACACUGAGACCGGAGACGUCAAUACUGGCAGUGAGGGACUGGAGCCGCCCAGUGAACUGAUUGACAGUAAUACUGGGGGCCACUCAUCCGUUGAGGACGAUACUGUGACUGAAGUUAAACAGACUAAUAACGAUGGGGGCAAGGGGACUGAAACUGAAUCUAACGAUGGGGGCCAGGGGGCUGUAAUUGGAGGAAGCCAGAGUUCUACUGAAGGUAGCCAGAGGACUGAAACUGAAUCUAACGAUGGGGGCAAGGUGACUGAAACUGAAACUAACGAUAGGGGCCAGGAGGGUGCUGGGGAGCAGCAGCAGAAGAACGGUGGAGGACGAUUGUUAGAGAGAAUUGUUGAGUCUCUGGUGGAGCGAAGUCACGGGGUAUCGGUGGGGAGAAGAGGGAGGGGGCGGGGCAGGCCGGGACGGAAGAGAAAGGUGCUAACUGCCAGGAAACCGUCACAGAAGUUGUCGGUGGUGGAGAGAGAGGAGGAAGAGGAGCGGGGAGGGAAGAGGGGGAGCUUACUUGUCAGUAUAGCAGGUUUUACGGCACCAAAACUGAAGGCAACUGCCCCUUCGCACAAUAUCUGACGCAUGUAGCAAGUUGCGAAACUCUCUGUUUGGUUCAUCGCUUACACAACUGACUUUUCUCAAAUAAUAUAUGUUCUUAUGACAGAUUGGUCACUAUAUUUUGGUAUAUAUACAAGAUGUUCUGAGUGAUAUAAUGGAGCAUUAAUUACAUAAUCAAUUGCAAAUCAAGACAAAAUGGUUAAAAUAAUGUUUACACACACUGCGACAUAAAGUAGAGAUAUAAUGGUCUAAAAUGGCGAGACACGAAAAUCUGGAAUAAAUAGACAUUGAAGUCGGAGGGGAAAUGAGGGGGAGGGAUGUGGAGGUUGAACAUUUCAGGAGAAUGGAUGUGAAAUAGGCCAAUUUUCUGAUGUGAAGAUGGUUUGCUAUCUGAUAAAGAGUGAGAGGAGUAGGGAGAGGAGGGUUAGGGAGAAAAA